AUGGCGACAGAAGACGUAACAGUGGAGCUGGGAAUCCAGAGCCCCUCAACAGACAAAGCACCUGAAGGUGCUGCAGGUCAAGUGUCCCCGGCUGUGGAGAAAGACCCUGUUCCCCCAGACCCAGAGAAGAACCCUAGGCCCUCAGACCCAAAGAAAGAUCCUGAUCCAGCCACCCUGAAGACAGACGCCGAAAGCCCUGCUCCAGAAAUAGGGGAUGUUGCCCCAGCUCCACCAUCACCCAGCAGCCAGGGUCCCCAGGGAGAGGCUGGCCAGGACGGGGGAGCUGCAGAAGGCAGUGUUGGGCAGCCAGCGGCCCUGCCCGAGCAGACGGCAACAGCAGAGGCCAGCGAGCAGAAGCUGGGGGCCAAGCAGAUCCCCUCGGGCCACCAGGACCCUGGAGAGCCCACAGUGGGCAGGAAGGCGGUAGAGGACCACGUGGCUGCCAGGAGAGGCUCACCUGCAUUUCUGCACAGCCCCAGCUGCCCCGCUGUCAUCUCAAGCUCUGAGAAGCAGCCCCCCCAGGAACCCCUCAGUGAGGCAUCUGAGCUCAUCUUUGAAGGGGUGACUCCCGCCCCCACAGAUCCCGGGUCAGCCGAUGCAGAAGGAGCGAAGAAUGAGCUGGCGGAGAGCCAUAAGGAAGCAGGAGAGAAAGCCCCAGGCCACUCUGGCCAAGAUGGCCAGGUGAAGGCGCAGGAGGACACCGCCAGUGGGAUUGAGUUCCAGGCUGUUCCCUCGGAGAAACCGGAGGUGGGGCAGGCCCUUGGCCUCCCAACCAGAGAGGAGGACUGCUUCCAGAUUUUAGAUGACUGCCCACCACCCCCAGCCCCGUUUCCCCACCGCAUUGUGGAGCUGAGAACCGGAAAUGUCAACAGUGAAUUCAGCAUGAACUCCAAGGAGGCGCUGGGAGGAGGCAAGUUUGGAGCAGUGUGUACCUGCACAGAGAAAGCCACAGGCCUCAAGCUGGCAGCCAAGGUCAUCAAGAAGCAGACCCCCAAAGACAAGGAAAUGGUCAAGCUCGAGAUUGACGUCAUGAAUCAGCUGAACCACCGCAACCUGAUCCAGCUGUACGCGGCCAUCGAGACGCCACACGACAUCAUCCUGUUCAUGGAGUACAUCGAGGGUGGCGAGCUCUUCGAGAGGAUCGUGGACGAGGACUACCAGCUCACCGAGGUGGACACCAUGGUGUUUGUCAGGCAGAUCUGUGAUGGGAUCCUCUUCAUGCACAAGAUGCAGGUGCUGCACCUGGACCUCAAGCCAGAGAACAUUCUGUGUGUCAACACUACGGGCCACUUGGUGAAGAUCAUUGACUUUGGCUUGGCACGGAGGUAUAACCCCAACGAGAAGCUGAAGGUGAAUUUUGGGACCCCAGAGUUCCUGUCGCCCGAGGUGGUGAAUUACGACCAAAUCUCCGAUAAGACAGACAUGUGGAGUUUGGGGGUUAUCACCUACAUGCUGCUGAGCGGCCUCUCUCCUUUCCUGGGAGAUGACGACACGGAGACCCUGAACAACGUGCUCUCCGGCAACUGGUACUUUGACGAGGAGACCUUCGAGGCCGUGUCAGACGAGGCCAAAGACUUCGUCUCCAACCUCAUCGUCAAGGAGCAGGGGGCCCGGCUGAGCGCUGCCCAGUGCCUCGCCCACCCCUGGCUCAACAACCUGGCGGAGAAAGCCAAGCGCUGUAACCGACGUCUCAAGUCCCAGAUCUUGUUGAAGAAAUACCUCAUGAAGAGGCGCUGGAAGAAAAACUUCAUCGCUGUCAGCGCCGCGAACCGCUUCAAGAAAAUCAGCAGCUCCGGGGCCCUAAUGACUUUGGGGGUGUGAGCCCCCCGGCAGCCGAGGCCUGGACGCAGCCGCAUAGGGCCCGGGGCUGAGGCCACACAGCCCUGAAGGCCAGAGAAGGCGGGCUGGCCGGCACCAGGCUGCGCCAGGCUGGGAGGCUCGGGGCUCCCCACGCGCCCCCCACGCAGUGACCGCUUCCCUGCCGUGAGCCGCCGCAGAGUGUGGCCCGGAUCCAGCCUGCUAGCGCCUCCCCAGAGCUCUGGCCCACCAGCAGCGCCCCAGACUCUAGGGCUCAUUGUUGCCGACACCCCCGCAUCCCUUCCCUCCCCCCAACUCCUUGUCUUUUAAGUCUGUCCUGGUGGCCCCUGCUUUGCCCCGCUAGGGUCAUCCGCAGCCUGGGCUCACCGGAGAUCCCAGCAUGUGUGGCUCCUAUGGGGAAACCGCUCAGCCCAUGCCUGGGCCCGGCUGCCAGGGGGAGACAGAGCAGGCUUUGUGAGAGAGACCCGGCACCCUGCUGCCUCCUUUCCCAACAGAUAAGACCCAGCACACAUCAUCUGACCCGCUGGCCCCCUCCCACCCUCCG